CUUUAUUAUUCUUCAUUUUCUCCAGUUACUCUCUGCCUCAUCACUCUGAUUCUACAACUUUGACAGCAGCUGAUCAGUUUGAGACUCAAAAUCCGGCAAAUUUGGAAUUUCACAUCUGGCAAAAUGGAGAGAGCAACCCCUUCAAUUUUAUGUAGUCACUUUGUUAUUGUGUUGAUCCUACUUCUAUUAGAUACGUCAGUGGCUGAACCAAGAUCUCAGAUAGUCCAGAUUAUAUGUGGAAAUGAAACAGCGGUUUCCGCCACAAAUUUUGUUGCUACGAUGGAACAUAUAAGUGAACAAACAAGAACUACAGGGUAUGGAGUAGCAGUUACUGGCACUGGACCAGAUACUAACUAUGGACUAUGCCAAUGCUAUGGUGAUCUUUCUUUACCUGACUGCACCUUAUGCUACGCUGAAGCGCGAGCUGCUCUGCCCAGGUGCUUCCCUUCUAACGGAGGGCGAAUUUAUCUUGAUGGCUGUUUUAUGCGAGUGGAGAAUUACACGUUCUAUGACCAGUAUUUAGGUCCAGAGGACAGGCGUGUAUGCGGAAACAGGACCACAAAGGGUUCAUUGUUCCAACAGAAUGCUAGGCGAGCCGUUCAGCAAGCAGUUGCAAACGCACCAAGUAGUAAUGGCUACGCGCGUGCUCAAGUGUCAGUGCCUGGACAUUUCAAGGAGACAGCUUAUGUUCUCGCUGAUUGCUGGAAGUCACUAAGCGCAAAUUCCUGCGCAGCAUGUCUGCAAAACGCAUCUGCCUCAAUGCUGGGAUGCUUACCUUUGUCAGAAGGUAGAGCUCUGUAUACCGGAUGCUUCAUGAGGUAUUCUGAUACAAAUUUUCUCAAUGUUAUUUCUACCAGUGGAGGCUCGUCAUCAGUAGGAAAAGUUGUAGUCAUUGUCAUUGUUGUUGUUAGUUCUGUGGUCGUCUUGGGAGUAGGUGUUGUCAUUGGCAUUUGUGUCUGGAAGAACAAACAAAUCCGGAACAAGAGGAAAGGUGCAAAUGAUGCCAAGAAACUAGUGAAGAUCCUUCAUGACAACAGCUUGAACUUCAAGUAUUCGACACUUGACAAAGCCACGCGGUCAUUUGAUGAGGCCAACAAGCUCGGGCAAGGUGGAUUUGGCACGGUUUAUAAGGGUGUUUUGGCAGAUGGGAGAGAGAUCGCUGUCAAAAGAUUGUUCUUUAACAACAAACACAGAGCUGCAGAAUUUUAUAACGAGGUUAACAUAAUCAGUAGCGUCGAGCACAAAAAUUUGAUAAGGUUAUUGGGAUGCAGUUGCUCAGGACCGGAAAGCCUUCUUAUAUAUGAGUUCCUUCCUAACCAGAGUCUUGAUCGCUUCAUAUUUGAUCCUGUCAAAGGUAAAACUCUAAACUGGGAGAAAAGAUUUGAGAUAAUUAUAGGGACCGCAGAAGGUUUGGUAUACCUCCACGAGAACACAAAGAUACGAAUAAUACACAGAGACAUAAAAGCAAGCAACAUCUUGUUGGACUCGAGGCUCCGUGCAAAGAUUGCUGAUUUCGGGUUGGCCAGGUCAUUCCAAGAAGACAAGAGUCACAUAAGCACUGUCAUAGCUGGCACAUUAGGAUAUAUGGCUCCAGAAUACUUAGCACAUGGCCAAUUAACAGAAAAAGCAGACGUUUACAGCUUUGGAGUUCUUCUACUAGAGAUUGUUACUGGAAGACAAAAUAACAGUAGCAAAAACGCCGAAUAUACAGUCAGCUUAGUUUCCAUUGCAUGGGAGCACUUUCGACACGAGACUGUGGAGGAACUGUUCGAUCCGAAUCUCAUGUUGCAUAACUACCACACAAUCAAUGUGAAAAAUGAGGUAGCGCGAGUUUUACAUGUCGGACUUUUGUGCACUCAAGAGAUCGCGGCGUUAAGGCCAUCCAUGUCUAAGGUGUUACGGAUGUUUGUCAAGAAAGAAGAAGAGUUGCCGCUACCUACCAAUCCACCAUUUGUUGAUGAGAAAACUAUGGAACUUCAUGACCCUUGGGAGAAGUAUUCGCUUGGAGAAGGCGAUUCUGCUUCAAUUGCCAACUUAUCUCACAGUUCUUUUUACCCCAGAUGAUGAAAGUGUGAAAAUCAUAAGCAUUAAUUCGCCUCGUGUUCUUGAAGCAGACUAGAUCAUCAUGAUUGGGCAGUUAGAUACAACAACAACUGUGCCUCAGUCCCAAGCAAGUUGAGGUCGGCUAUAUGAAUCACAACUAUUCCAUUUAAGCUCAACUUAUGAUGGUAUAAUUAGUUGCUUUUCAUGACCAAAAUGAGAAAUCAAAAGUACUGGAAACAUUAUGUUUUUCCAAGGCUAGUAGAAAAUAUAGAAUGCUAGUUCAAACACAUGGUGGUGAUUUUUAUAAAAUCUAAACCUACAAUCUCAUGUGUGUAAAUACUUGUAUUCUGGUGAUCCUGAGGAACUUUUGUAUGGUGAUACAUGAACUUAUUAUAAUUUGACAAAGUACGAGUUUAAAAGUUUUA